AUGCUGCUCAUAUGCCUGUUCAUAGCAGCAUCUCAAGCUCAGGAGCUCUUGAGCAACCCGCGCUGCAAUUUGCAAAUGGACAGGGGAAGCUGUAUCCAGUUUACAGUUCACUGGUACUACGACCGUUAUGAUCAUAGAUGUCGCCGCUUUUACUAUGGGGGAUGCGAGGGCAAUGAAAAUCGAUUUCAAACAUUAGAAGAAUGCUCCGCAGCCUGUCACUACGAACCGCCGUCGGACCGAGAAAGAUGCUUUCAACCGCACGACCCUGGAACCUGUGAUAACGAUAUUGAACGGUGGUUCUUCGACAUGAACAAGAAGCAAUGUGUUUGCAGUUGGUGGUCAGGUUGUGGAGGAAACUCUAACUUGUUUUAUUCCUAUAAUCAUUGUAUGUUUUACUGUGGACAAUAUGCGGAGCAUGGCCCUGGUAUCGACGAAAAGUACUGGGGAAGCAGAAAUAGGUCUGCUUUGUCAAAAAGUUCAGCUGCGAUACUUUCACAAGCCGGGUCUACAUAUCAAACUGGAUUCCAACAGUCCCAACCAUCUCAAACUGUGACUUCUCAUCCAAGAAUUCAAUAUUUUUCGGAAGGGGAGCCUCUGUUGUACCGACAUGUGGGACAGCAGGACCGCUCUCGAUCAUACCAAGAAAGCCAGUCUCACCAAGAUCGGUCUCGGUCGUAUCAGAUAGAUCAACUCUCUCAGGACAGAUCUCAGCCUUACCAACAUGGUGCUCAGCGGUAUCCGCGGCCCUCCCAAUCGAGUAGAAGAGAUGGCGGCCAGUUUUACCAAGACCAGACCCAAUCUUACCAAGCAGAUCAACCCUAUCAAGAUCGAUCUCAACAGUAUCCACGGCCAUCUCAGGCAAGCCGAAGAGAUAGCCAGUUUUAUCAGAGCCAAUCCCAAUCUUACCAAGCAGACCAAUCCUACCAAGACCGAUCUCAGUCCUACCAACAACACGUUCAACAGUAUCCGCGGCCAUCUCAGUCUAGCCGAAGAGACAGUUACCAAGACCAAUCCCAGUCCUACCAAGACCGAUCUCAGCAGUAUCCACGGCCUUCUCAAUCAAGCCGAAGAGAUAGUCUUUCUUACCAAGACCAAUCACAAACCUAUCAAGCAGGCCAACAUUACCAAGACAGAUCUCAACAGUAUCCACGGCCAUCUCAGUCGAGUCGAAGAGACGGUCAGUCCUACCAGGACCAAUCGCAGACUUUCAAUGCAGGUCAAUCCUAUCAAGACCGAUCUCAACAGUAUCCGCGACCUUCUCAAUCAAGCCGAAGAGAUAGUCAGUCUUACCAAGACCAAUCGCAGGCCUACCAAGUAGGGCAACAUUACCAGGACAGAUCUCAACAGUACCCACGACCAUCUCAGUCAAGCCGUCUGAGCAGCCAAUCUUACGGUUUGCCAGAGCAGCAGUACCCUGGCCAGGAACAAGCUGGACGAAACAAUUAUGAUCAAACCUUGAGGAGUGAUAGUGGUGAGCACCAAACUCGCAUUCAACAGAGUACUUCUCCAAAUGGACGAACUGUCGUCAUCACCCGAACUGGCCCGGGCUAUAGAGAUCAGCGUGUGGAGAAGCAAGAAUGGAGGGAAACCGCUCAACCUUCCUCACGUUUCUCCGAAUUCCGUAGUUCUACUUCGCACAGUACCACGUCCCACUCACAUUUUCAUCACUCUGACUCAAGUCAAGGAUACUAUCACAGAACCGGCUGGUACAAUGCGACGGUUCCACGAGCGCAUGGAGAGCGUAUUUAUCGGUAUGACUCAGGGCCUGUAACGAGGACUCAUCCUAACGGCACCACUACAAUCAAUCGCCAAACGAUCUAUAUCUCUGGGAACCGCAAACCGAGUAUGAAAUUAGUACAGCAUCUUCCCGGACUAGUGGAAUUCACUCGCAUCACACCGCCGCCGCCAUUUCUUACAAUGCUGCCUCCACAAUUACGAAGGAAGCUGAAAAAGCUUAUGAAGAUGAAGAUUCCCCCAAGAAAGAUUCGCCCUCUCCCUUCACAAGCAACAUCCGCCCAACCGAAUAGACCAGUUACAAAAAUUACGGAAGAAACUACUUUCAUUCAUUGGUAUGAGGAUAUUCCCACUGGUCAGAACCAAACCAUGACUAAUUCUAGUAGGUGGAGUUCUAAUAACAUUGAACGAGAAAGGCAUACAAGUAGUCGAACUCCCGCAUCUCGGAAAAGUGGUCAUAGAGAAAAACCAAGUGUCGCAGUUUCCUCCCAAGCGGCGACCAGCCAGCUGACCAGCUUGGAUAGACCAGCUUCGAAGAUUACAGAAGAAACCACCCUAAUUCAUUGGCAUGAGAAUAUUCCUACUGGUCAAAACCAAACCCCAGCAAAUCCCAUUGAUCGGCGUCCUCAACAUGGUGAAAGAGAGAGGCAUGUGAACAAUCAAACUCCCACGUCUCAGGGAGUUACUGAUCAGAGAGCACAAUCCAAUGUCUUCGUUUCAUCACCUCCUCCUGACCCACGACCGCAUCAGCAGCGGAGGCGACCGCAAAAUGAAUCGCUAACUGGGCCUGUACUUGUUCAAAACGUGAUCUAUCCUCCUACUUCCCGUACCCAACUUCGACAGGUGCAGGAGCUGGUGAAGCCACAGGAUGAGGUCCUCGAUGCAAGAGUAGUAUUUCACACAAGUCCUCCUCCAACUACUCGAGUGGAAGCAGAACCGAUAGACAUUAUUCGACCAGUAGUCACGUCAGUACCUGCUACGAAGGUAGACUUUGACGACGUCCUAGCAAUGGAGUCGCAAGACGACUACGAGGACUAUGAAGAAGCUAGUGAGGAGGCAGAUGUUAUCACUCAGCUUCCAACACAAGCGCCAUCAUCUACUACAACAACAGAACUUCCAAAGGAUCCACCUAGUUAUAGAAGGCCUCUUCCACCUAUUGUGAUGCCACCUCCAGGAUACGGUAGCAGUACUCAGGAUGAUCGAAACGCUAAUAUUAUAUCAGGUACGAUAGCGAAAUCUAACGUACCCACUACAUUGUCACGGAGAACCUCAACUAUCGGAAAAAGCAAUCUCGAAGCUGAGAAACAACUUCAUGUACUGCCUCCGACAUCACCUCCCACUGUGCCUGCUGAGUUCCCAUCACAAUCUUCUCAGUGGACUCCUAUUGUUUUCCCUGUUGCAAAUCAAACCACAACGCAAUCGACGGUUGGAGAAGAUUACACUGAAAACGUUGAGUUCGAAAUCCAAACAAUUGGAGUGGAUGGGUAA